CUGCGGGGCAAAUGCAUUAAUGUCCGUUUGCACGUCUCCGAGACGGGUCCUUUCACACUGAUCUUCACGAGGCUACCGCGAGAAUUUAAAAGCGCUUGUGGAGCAAGUAUCUGCUUUCGCGGGAGACGCUGAAUGAUUACUAAGACUCACAAAGGAGACCUGGGCCUUGGGCUCCCAGAGAAAAAGAAAAAGAAGAAAAAGAAGGUAGUUAAAGAACCAGAGACUCAGUACUCGGUUUUAAACAGUGACAGUUAUUUCGCGGAGGUUUGUCCCACAACAGCCACAUCACCCUCGAAGAAUGUGGUCCAAGGGCAGGCACCCGACAUGCCUCUAGUAAAGAAAAAGAAGAAAAAGAAGGGCCACAGCGCUGUCUGCGAGGAACCCCUAGAACCUGAGACCACGUUACGUGAUGGACGGACCGAGCCGUCGCCCAGCCCCAGGAAGCAGGCACUCGGCCCAGCUGAGUCCCUUGGUGGGGAGAAGAAGAAGAAGAGGAAGUCUACAUCCGCUGGCUCAAGGAUGAAGACUGCCUCAGACCCCAGUCAGAGCGAGGAGGUGACCAUAGUUGGUAGGAAGCUCAGAAAACACAAGAAGGAGAAAAAGGCCCAGGAAGUGACAGCCUUCUCAGCCAGGGAUCCUUGGUUCUGCGAGGCUGGGGAUGCUUUGUACACUUGCUCAGUUGGGAAAGAUGGCAUCCGGGAGCAGGCAGCCUCAGGACAGAAACGGAAGCAGGGGAGCCGCAGGGAACACUAUGUUAAGAUGAAAAAGAAAAAGAAAAUCCACCAAGAGGGAGAUACCCUUCUGGGGCCCCCUGAGCUCUCCAGGUUCGUGGAGAGCAGCCCUAGGAAAAGAAGUAAAAAGAAGCAAGUCAAAGUUGAAGCUCCAGAAUACAUCCCAAUAGGAGAUGGCUCCAAGGCCCCUGUGAAGAAGAAAAUGAAGUCCAAGAAAAAGGUGCAGCAGGCAGACAUCGAGGAGCCAGCUCUGAAGAGGAAAAAAAAGAAGAGGCAGGAGAGCAGAGUAGCAGGGGAACCUUGGGAGGAGGAACCCGACACGGACUUGGAGGUGGUGUUGGAAAAGAAGGGGAACAUGGACGAGGCUCACAUAGACCAGGUGAGGCGAAAGGCCUUGCAAGAAGAGAUCGAUCGUGAGUCGGGCAAAACGGAGGCUUCUGACGCCAGGAGGUGGACAGGAACUCAGUUUGGCCAGUGGGAUACUGCUGGUUUUGAAAAUGAGGAAAAGAAACUGAAGUUUCUCAAACUCAUGGGUGGCUUUAAAAAUCUGUCCCCUUCGUUCAGUCGCCCCCCUAGCGUGGCUGGCAGGCCCAACAUGGCUCUCAGCAAGAAAGCAGCCGACACCCUGCAGCAGAACCUGCAGCAGGACUACGACCGGGCCAUGAGCUGGAAGCACAGCCGGGGGGCCGGCCUCGGCUUCUCUACCGCCCCGGACAAAGUCUUCUAUAUUGACAGGAACGCAUCCAAGUCAAUCAAGUUUGAAGAUUAAACUCUCCUGUCUUGUCCCCCAAAACAGCCAACAUUGCUUUUACUGUUCUGUUACGCAGAUGAAAGCCAUAGGACAGUUGUUUCGAAUCGAACUCCUGCAAAGAUUAAGGACAACCUUGUUGUUGUGCUUGGACAGACUGGGAUGAGGGCGGCUUGUUUCAGGAGCCAGGAGAACAUGUGAGUGUCUGAAACCUACUGUUUUCCGUGUGAAGCUCCCGUCCCUGUUGAAGGCAGUGAGGAUGAAUAGCAGUCGCUCACACUGUCAAGUCUUACUGUGUGCCAGACACGUGUGUGUCUCCCUCACAUUGAUGUAUUUAAUCUUCAUGAUUCUGAAACAGGUGCUAUUAUUAUGCCCAUCUUAUAGAUGAGGAGACUGAGGUUCAGGGAUGAAGUAAUAACAUUGCCAGGAGUCCCCCAACCAGGAAGUGCCAAGUGUACUUUGUGCCCCAAGGCUGAUGUCACUGUUCACGACACUGAAUGUCCCCUCCAGGGGAUUUCAGCCAGAAUACUCAUUGAGGAUUAAAAUGUCUUUUGAUUGAAGAAACAGUAGCUUUUUCUUACAUGUCUAAAUCUCAGACAAGAAGUAAGAUUAAUGUAAACGGGGAAGAGCAAGCUUAUCUUCCCUCCCCCUUGGAGAGCUACAGGCCUGGGGCGUCUGGAUUGCCACCAGGCAGAUGUGGCUCAGCUUCCUCUGCUGCUGCGAAAUGUUUCUAAGCCCACCUUGCCUUUUGUGUCUGCCUUGCUUCCACCCCCAGUGCUGUGCCUGAAUUCAGUCUUUUUGCUUUAACUGGGUUUGGAACAAGGCAUUUGAGAGCAGUGGGUCAGUCCUCCACAUGGACCGACGGCACUUCAUUCCCAGGGACGUGUUUGUUGGAUUCUCUUCAGUCACGAGGAAGAGAAUCCCAGGUGACUUCCACGGAGGAGGUCGAUUGCUAGCAGGCACAGAUGUGGGGAUGACAGGGCAUUGCCUCUUCAGCCUAGGAACAGUGUUUCCAGGCCUUGACGCUACAGCCAGCCUCACAAAGCUCCAGGUGCAGCCACCCACGUGACACAUGACCACCUUCUCUCCAUUCACGUAACACUCUCGAUUCCCAAAAUAUAAGUUCUGAUUGGGCCUUUUUCACACCGCUUGGCUUGAAGUCCCUCAACGGACAUCCUAUCUCAGGCAGGCCUGGACAGCCAGGAAAUUCGUUCUCUCACGUGGCAGGGAGUCCUGUCCUGUCGCAUGGGGUUGAUUCAGCUUCCCAUGAAGGAAAUGAAUGUUUCCUCUCUGCUCCACCAUCCUCAUUGUUGGCUUCAUCAGGAUAUCAAGACACUAGACCAUUCCAGAGGAAGAAGCAAAACCUUGUGGUUCAAGGAAACGUUCAGAAGCCCUUUUGUCAUAACUCAUUGCCCAGCAGUGGGUCACAUACCCGUUCUUGAGCCAGCCCCUGGCAUGUGGACGGAGACUCUCAGGUCAGUCGGGAAGGAAGACAGGUUGAGUGCUGGUGAGGUGAACAUGGGUUCCCUACUGCCCCAUGGGGCCAAGGGAAGGCAGGCCUGCCCUGACCAACAAGCACUGGCCAGGCCUAGAGUCCUGCAAGUCUGUUCGUGAAUCAGGUGGGCCAUUUGCCUCAGAAUGUGAACUUGGGUUUUCAUGGCUUCACCCUUGAGAUAAAUAAUGGAAGAGGCCUACGAGGUAAGGUUCUGCAUUUGAGUCCGCUCUUCAGGGCACGUCCUCUCCCGAUGGGAGUAAACCUCUCCCAGUCUCGAUCCACACUAUAGGAACUUGUCCAGUGCCAGGGGAACCAACCACCGCUUUUCUGAUCGUUUUUAUCUUGCUGAGAGAUCACACUGCAGUUUGGGUCUGCUCGGCUGUCUACGGGGUGACUCUGCAGAGUGGCUGCACGAUUUUCCCCAGGCUGUGCCCGGACUGGUGUGAUGGUCAGGCCUUUCCCCUGCCGCUGUGAAGUAUAAACUGUCUGUGUGGUAGGACUUGACGUUCAGCUCAGGGUGGCUGAAGCGUUCCCCUGGCAAGGUUUGUUCAAGUCUGUUCGUGAAGCAGGGUCUAAGCAGAGAAGGUUGGGCAGCCAAGAGGGCAGGAUGCCAAGAUUCCUCCGGUUGAACUUGGCCUCGUCUUGGCUGCUCUCCUAGGGGCAGACCACUAUUGCUCUGGUGAUGGUUCCUGCCCUGCAGCAGCCCUGAUGUUAGCUGGGCCUCUGUCCUUCUGUAAAUUAGCAUUGUCUUGAGUCACCCAGCCCCUUUUCCCCCCAUGUCCUGGGCCCUCCUCAAGCGGUCUGCAAGUUUUUUUGGUAUAAUUUCCCACGUUCUUCAUUGGUUAACUCCGUGUAGCACACAGCCUGUCUCCACUGGAACAAGGCGGUUUUUGGAUUUUUACUCAGAACCUGGGAGAGAUGGGGGGGGGGGGUCUGGUAUGUAAGCACAGCCAAGGUCAUAGUUGAAGAUGAAACAACCCUGUGCUCAAGCUUGUGGGCUGUUUCUCUGUGGGGAUGUCUCACUGAUGACCCUCCUAUGGCAGGGUCCUUCCCUGGUUAUAAUCGCCUUUAUCUGGCUGUCCCCCAAACCGCGUGAUCCUUCCCCACUUUAUUUCUUGAGGUGAUUCCUGCUGUUUUGUCUUAGCCCGCUAGGCCCCUCCCCAAGGCCACCUUUCUGCAACUAGGCUGGCCCAUCAAAAGUAUUUGCCAGACAGACACAGUUCUCCCCUUAAAAACUGUGUUCAGCUCUACAGACUUAGAACUGUUGCGGUUUCUGGUUGGAAUAAUGCCCCCAUGUGCCCCACCCCACCCCCGCCUGUACAAGUCCUAAUCAUUGGAACCUGUUAAUAUGUUGUGAUACAAAACAAAAGGGAGUUUAAGGUAGCAGAUGGAAUUAGGUUGCUAAUCAGCUGACCUUAACACAAUUAGACUGGGCCUACCAGGUAAGCCAGGGUUAGAAGUUAGAAGAGGGAACACUCAACAAGCUGUCACUAGUUUGAAGGUGAAGGGACCACAAGCCAAGGAAUGCAGGUGGCCUCUAGAAGCUGGAGAAGGCAAGAAAACAGGUUCUCCCCCAGAGCCUCCAGAAGGAAUAUAGCCUGGCCGACACCUUCAUUUUGAAAGUAAGCCCGCUGGCCUUGAGACCAGUAGAGCUGUAAGCUGGUAAAACUGCGACGUUUUAAGCCACUAAGUUUGUGGUAAUUUAAAGCAACAAUACAAAAUUAAUGUCUCAUGCAGAAGUUUUUCUUUUACCUUAUUUUCUAACAUUUUUUGAUUUUUUUUCUUUUUUUCGGUUCCAUCAUCCUUCGUGGUAGUAGACAUCAUAUGUAGGCUGUGGUCUUCAGAGACUGGCUAAUUCAUUUAGUAACAGGCUGGGGAAACCACAGAAGAACAUAGAAAAUCCAAGCCUCCACCUGGGCCAGGUGACCCAUGAUUCAGAAGCUGCUGUGGUGUAACAUAUAACUCACCGAACAUGAAAGUCCAAGUCCAGGUUAAUGGAAGAGCACUGGGAUUUCACGAACUCAGGCUUGGGCACUGAUGCUGUCUGAUGUAUACAGCCUCAAAGUAGAAGAAAUGACUUAAAAGUGCGUAAUUUGUGAAUAUGCCAACUGAUUUUCAUUUGAGUAGUAUGUAGUAAAAGUCAUGUAGGAAGAAAUUUUAAUGGAAAUAAUUUUGUGAAACAGAGGCCACUUGGCAUAUUUAAGCAAUACCAGCAUGCUUUCUGAAUGUCAGUUUUGCUCAGUUGAGGGGCAUUCUUCAGUGCAUGCUGUUCUUUAACGGAGGUCAUUUUCUUCAGCAGAAUUCUUGGGUUGCUGGUGGUGUGGGGUUCACUAGUAAGCCAGCCAGAAAAGCCAUAGCAUGUUCUCGGUCCCAAACUAUUCAAUUAAAAUGUUAGUUUAUGGGGACUUCCCUGGUGGCGCAGCGAUUAAGAAUCUGCCUGCCAAUGAAGGAGACUCGGGUUCAAUCCCUGGGCCGGGAAGAUCCCACAUGCCACGGAGCAACUAAGCCCGUGUGCCACAACUACUGAGCCUGUGCUCUAGAACCAGUGCACCACAACUAUUGAGACCAUGUGCAGCAACUACUGAAACCCAUGUGCCUAGAGCCCCUGCUCUGCAACAAGAGAAGCCACCGCACUGAGAAGCCCACAUACCACAAUGAAGAGUAGCCCCCGCUCGCCACAACUAGAGAAAGCCUGGGCACAGCAACAAAGACCCAACA